AUAUUUUUUUAAUUAAAUAAAUGAAUUUUUUGUUAACUAUAAAAAAAUUUUCACGAGUAUUUAAAGAGCGGAUCCCCCUCACUUUCUAAUCGGUAUCUUACCCUCUCCCAACCCUAAAUUACUUUGGCCAUGGCAACGUACUUGAAGCACACUGAGGCUGUUAAAGAGCUUGAGAAGUACGAGACUAAGGAUGGUCUUAGCAUCGACCAACUUAUCCGUCAGAACUCUCAAGGUGGUUUGACCUUCAAUGACUUUUUGGUCUUGCCUGGUUACAUCAACUUCAUCCCCAACGAGGUUUCUCUCGACACUAAAAUCACCCGUAACAUCAAGCUUAAGGCUCCCUUCAUGAGUUCUCCUAUGGACACUGUCACUGAGGACCAAAUGGCCAUCUACAUGGCUUUGUUGGGUGGUAUCGGUAUCAUUCACCACAACUGUACCCCCGAGGCUCAAGCUGAGAUGGUCCGCCGGGUGAAGAGAUACGAGAACGGUUUCAUUACCGAUCCCGUUGUCUUCGGUGUUAACAACACCAUUGGCGAGGUUUUGAAAAUUAAGAAGGACAGAGGAUUCAGCGGUAUUCCCGUCACUGACAACGGUAAGCUUAACGGUAAGCUUCUUGGCAUUGUCUCUUCCCGUGAUGUUCAAUUCCGCAAGGAUCCCAGCACCCCUGUCUCUGAGGUUAUGACUCGUGAGAACCUUGUCACUGCUCCUAAGGGCAUUGAUUUGGAGGGUGCUAACGAAAUUUUGAAAAAGUCUAAAAAGGGCAAGCUUCCCGUCAUCGACGGUGAAGGUCGUCUUGUUGCUCUCUUGUCGUUGACCGACUUGAUGAAGAACCAAGACUUCCCCAACGCCAGCAAGUCGCCUGAAUCCAAGCAACUUAUGGUUGGUGCCGCUAUUGGCACUCGUGAGGACGAUAAGGUCCGUUGUACUCUUUUGGUUGAGGCUGGUUGUGAUGUUAUUGUCAUCGACUCUUCCCAAGGUAACUCCAAGUUCCAAAUUGAUAUGAUCAAGUGGAUCAAGGCUACCCACCCCAAGGUUGAUGUUAUUGCUGGUAACGUCGUUACUCGCGAACAAACUGCCAACUUGAUUGCUGCUGGUGCCGACGGUCUCCGUAUCGGUAUGGGUAGUGGUAGUGCUUGCAUUACCCAAGAGGUUAUGGCCUGUGGUCGUCCCUUGGCCACUGCUAUCGCUCAAGUCGCCGAGUUCGCCAACAAGUUCGGCGUUCCCACCAUCGCUGACGGUGGUAUCCAGAACGUUGGUCACAUGGUCAAGAGUUUGGCCUUGGGUGCCCACGCUGUCAUGAUGGGUAGUCUUUUGGCUGGUACCACCGAGUCCCCUGGUGAGUCUUACGUCCGUGACGGUCAACGCUACAAGUCUUACCGUGGUAUGGGUUCCAUCGCCGCCAUGGAGGGUACUGGUGUUAACGAGAACGCCUCUACUGGUCGUUACUUCUCUGAGAACGAUGCCGUCCGUGUCGCUCAAGGUGUUUCUGGUCUUGUUGUUGAGAAGGGUUCUUUGACCCGCUUCUUGCCUUACUUGCACACCGGUCUUCUCCACGCCUUCCAAGACAUUGGUGUUAAGUCCAUUCCUGAGUUGCACAAGUCUGUCGUUAGCGGCGAAACCCGCUUUGAGAUCCGUAGUAGCGCUGCCAUCCGUGAGGGAGAUAUUCAAGGCUUUGCUACUUACGAGAAGCGUCUUUAUUAGGCAGUUUAGUUACUGCUUUAAUCGGCUCAGGCUACUCAAUAUUCAGUGGCUUCUGAUAGUGUGCUUGUUCUACUAUCCCGUUUACUAUUAAGGGUUGUACAGUUUUCUUAAACUAGUUAAAUUGGGUAAAAAAUGUUUUUGGUAUGUCUACAAAGAUUGAGCAGUACUUAGUUGAGUGGGUAUUGGGGAUGUUAAUAAGAGUGUGCAGUGCUUCCCCGG